GAUGAUCCUGUCCACUUCUUCCUUCGCUAGGCUCUUUUUCGACGGUCUUUUGACAAGAAAAAGGGUGUUUUCUUACCAUAUUAUUAGCAAAAUUGGUGUGCACAUGUCUUCUUAUUUAAAGACAUGUUACCAAAUGUAUUGUCUGAAACCUCAUGAGAUAGUAUUGUUGAAUGAAAAGCUAUUUAUUAUUUUCUAAUAUAAUAUAUUUGACCAAUACAGUAGUGAAUUUAACGUAGGGUACCGAUAGAGCACCACAGUAUAACAUAUCAAUAAUACCAACAUUUAAAUUGGGCAGGAGUUCUGCUAGCUACCAGGAUAUAAUCUAAUCUCCUCUACUGAGUGAAUGUCCUCACUGUAAUAGACGAUUACAUCGCACUUGCUUCACCGUUCUUGCCCUUCCUGUUCAGUAUCAACAACAGUGAUGGCGUCUGCUGCUCGGUUCUUCAUCCGAGGUGCACACUCGAAACUUUGCAUCACCGGCAUUGGCUCGGGGACUCAGAGUACUUUUGGAGCCACUUUUCUGAAAUUGUCUCCGAGCUCCAGCUCCUGUACAAAAACACAGCGAAGACAUGCAGCGCACUUUACCUUCCAGCCUGACCCCGAGCCGACACAAUACGGUCCUACCCAGAAGAUGAACAUGUUCCAGUCGGUUACAAGUGCCUUGGACCACACUCUUGCCAAUGAUCCAACAGCAGUCAUCUUCGGAGAAGAUGUUGCCUUUGGCGGAGUAUUCCGAUGCACAGUGGGUCUGAGAGACAAAUAUGGUAAGGACCGAGUCUUCAACACUCCUCUUUGUGAGCAGGGGAUUGUGGGAUUUGGUAUUGGUGCAGCUGUUGCUGGUGCCACGGCCAUUGCUGAGAUCCAGUUUGCUGACUACAUCUAUCCUGCUUUUGACCAGAUAGUCAAUGAAGCAGCCAAGUACCGCUACCGUUCUGGCAACUUGUUCGACUGCGGCAGCCUCACCAUCCGGGCUCCGUGGGGAUGUGUCGGCCACGGGUCGCUUUACCACUCUCAGAGUCCUGAAGCCUUCUUCGCCCACUGCCCUGGCAUCAAGGUUGUAAUACCUCGUAGUCCCGUGCAGGCCAAGGGGCUGCUGCUCUCCUGCAUAGCUGACCAGAACCCCUGCAUAUUCUUUGAGCCCAAGAUCCUCUACAGAGCAGCAGUGGAGCAGGUUCCCAUUGAGCCCUACAUCAUCCCACUCUCGCAGGCCGAGAUCCUACAGGAAGGAAGUGAUGUCACUCUGGUUGCCUGGGGACACAGGAAAGCUAUACAUCUUCUGAAAGAGGUGGCCAAUAUGGCCCAGGAGAAACUGGGAGUGUCCUGCGAGCUCAUCGAUCUACAGACCAUCCUGCCCUGGACGUUGAAAACUGUUUGUAAGUCGGUGGUGAAAACCGGACGUUUGCUCAUCAGUCAUGAAGCACCAAUAACCGGAGGCUUUGCUGCUGAAAUCAGCGCUUCAGUACAGGAGGAGUGCUUCCUUAACCUGGAGGCUCCCAUCAGUAGGGUCUGUGGUUAUGACACCCCCUUCCCUCACAUCUUUGAACCCUUCUACAUCCCAGACAAGUGGAAGUGCUUUGAUGCAAUUAAGAAGAUGAUCAGCUACUGAACUCCAUCAGCCAACUUCUGGUCGCCCUGAACUCCACGCUCUCUCCUUUUCCUCUUCAUUCAUCAAAUCAGUGGAGAGCCGCCAGGAAAAGACACUUUGUGGACCAUCCAGCAGCAUCCAGAUGGGCUCCAUGUCCCCCCGGUGUCUUCCAACUAAAAGACUGUUACAGCAUUAGGGAACCUCAUUCUGUUGCAAGGGAAAAUUACUUGAUCCACUCUAUAUGGUGAAACUUUGCUUCGGGGUCGACAUAAUGCACAUUUUAUUUCCUCUUAGACAAGAGUUGGAUACUGCGGGGAAAACUGUAUUUGAUUGAAUUCUGUGUUGUUAUCUUUGAUUGAAUGUGUCCGUCUCUGCUCUAAUCUUUAUUUAGUUUGUAAUUAACUGAACCUUAUUGUACUAAUAUAGUGGAUUGGUGCUUUUUAAUGAAAAUAAAGUAAUCCGAAUUUGUGAAAACA